AUCACGUUCAUUUCACUGCUGCACUACAGCUCCACCAGUAGAAUACAACUCCCAUGGUGCCACGGCGUAAACCAGGACGUCCUGCAUCAUGUGCUUGGUUUGUCACAAGUGACGUGCAGUCGAGAACAGGACAGCAUGGCGAGUAAAGAUCCCGGAAAUUUUUUGCAGCAGCUGAGGCAGAUUGCUGGCCGGAUGGGGUCUGGCCCUCGAGGGGCUGGGCUGGGCUUGAAGCUGCUUAUCGGAGCCGGAGCCCUUGCCUACGGGGUCAAAGAAGCCACAUACACAGUGGAGGGUGGCCAGAGAGCCAUUAUCUUCAACAGAAUUGGAGGCAUGCAGAUGGACACUGUGCUUUCAGAAGGAUUGCACUUCAGGAUACCAUGGUUCCAGUACCCCAUCAUUUAUGAUAUUCGAGCCAGGCCAAGGAAGAUUUCAUCCCUCACUGGAAGCAAAGAUCUUCAGAUGGUGAACAUAGGUCUUCGUGUGCUCUCUCGGCCCAGUGCCUCCAGCUUGCCAGCCAUGUACCAGCAGUUGGGGAAAGACUAUGAUGAGCGUGUGCUUCCUUCCAUUGUCAACGAGGUGCUCAAGAGUGUGGUGGCCAAGUUCAAUGCCUCUCAACUGAUCACCCAGAGAGCCCAGGUGUCACUACUCAUAAGGAGAGAUCUAUUCGAGAGAGCUAAAGACUUUAACAUCAUCCUGGAUGACGUGGCCAUAACAGAGCUCAGCUUCAGCAAAGAGUACACCGCUGCUGUGGAGGCCAAACAAGUUGCCCAGCAGGAGGCCCAGAGGGCUCAGUUCUAUGUAGAGAAGGCCAAACAGGACCAGAGACAGAAAAUUAUCCAGGCAGAGGGUGAAGCUGAGGCUGCUAAACUGUUGGGUAAAGCGGUUACGAAGAAUCCUGGAUACCUAAAACUUAGACGCAUCAGAGCAGCCCAAAAUAUCGCCAAAACGGUGGCAACUUCUCAGAACAAGGUGUACCUGAGUGCAGACAGCCUUGUUUUGAACCUCCAGGACAACUACUUUGACAAGCUGUCACUGGGGAAAUGAGGAGCAUCAUCCAUGAAGAACAUAUGCAUUCCAUAUGUAAGCAGUGUUUGCUGAGCCACUAUAUUUAUGUCCUCUUCCUAAACAUGACUGUGAGCAGAGCCUCUCUCACUGUACAGUUCUGCUUGGGCUCAGAUAACACAAGGGUCUAGAGACCUUAGAUUCACACGUACAUAAAUAUCCAUUUAUACACAGUUGUUUGUCAUUCAGCUGGUCUUUUGGAUUGUUUUCUGGUCAAUUCAGCUCAAGAAUUGAAAUUUUGACAUCAGGUGGUUUUAAAUACUAAUGGUGAUUACAAAAAAAUAUACAUUGCAAACAAUAAAUGGUCACUUUUUCAUUUAUUCAUUAAGGUCACAAUGAAGACUAAAAAAUAAGUUUCUGAUCAGGGCCAAUCAGUUAAAAAGUUGCCCCAGGUUUAUUAUUAUUAUUAUUAUUAUUAUUAUACCCAUUUACCAUCUAUACAUUUCAUACUGUUGGAUUUCACUUUAUAAAGCAUUUGGUGACUGAUACUAAAGGACUUGCAGCAAUUUUGAUUAAAUAAUGUUUUCAGGACUAUUUGUGGGGGAUAUUUAUUUCUUUGGAAAUAUUGACUAUUACAACAGAAUUGUUAUAUAUUAAAAAUUAUAUCAGCAUAAUUUGAGUGUUUGAAAUAUUUCUUUGAAUUUCCAAAAUGAAUAAUUAUUUGGUAUGUGUUCCAAAAAUAGUGAAUCACUUGCAUAUGCAACUAAAUAAUGUCCAUCAUUAGCCAUCGGCUAAUAAAUUAGAAUUCAAUCGCCAGUGUUUAAAUUAGAGGCUAAGUAUAAGUUUAGCACAGAUAUAUUUUUAUUCGUCCUUAACUGGAGAUUUUCGCUGUCCAUCAAGUGAUCAAGUGAAGUGCAAAUUUUACCAGGGGAACCCGCAAAAAUGUAUUUUAGCCCCUGGAACAUGAUUUCAGGGGGGGACACCUCCUUGAAACACGAUUGGGUUAGUUUUGAGUAGCAACUGGGCGAGUUUUGUUGUGAAAACCUGGCAACCCCGGUAGCUAUACAUGAAUAUUAAUAAAAUUUCCCCUAUUGUGGGCGUGUCCUUGAGACAAUGCACAAACGAAUGGAACUGAAAAUAUUAGUACACGCUUCUCAAAUCGUAAAUUGUUUAAUGGAUUAUUUCGAAAGGUAAUGAAGCUUCAAUGUUACGCAUCGACCACAACCUUUCACGUUUUCAAAACUGCAUCAUUUGUGUUAUAUGAUAAAUUGUCUGAGCUGUUUUGCCUGAUUGAUUACAGGCAUUCGGAUAAAAAAGGACUCAGCAGAGCAAACGAGCGAGUAACCUAUGCUAGUUGUCAUUCUUGUUGUCAUUCGGUGACUAGUACUGCAGUGUGUUGACAACAAAUGUAUCUGUGCCCUAAUAAAAUGUCUAUAAGCUA